AUGGUUUUCUACCCCUUCGAAGUGACGACACCGCAUGUCAUCUAUGCGCUGCUGGGUGGGUUCAUCGUGCUGUUCGGCAUGUUCAGCUUGUUCCUGCGAGAGAAGCUGUACAUCGGCGAAGCCAUCUGGGCAUUCUUGUUUGGUGUCAUCGUUGGCCCAUACUGCGCGGACGUGUUCAAUCCGAGGGCAUGGAGCGGCAAUUCCGAAGAGGUCACGAAUGUCAUUACCCUGGAGUUCACCCGCGUUGUGCUCGCGAUAGGCGUAUUUGCGAUUGGCGUUGAGCUGCCCAAGGCGUACAUGAAGAAGCACUGGCGCAGUCUGUUUUUCUUGCUGGUUCCGGUUAUGACUUGGGGAUGGUUCGUCUGCGCCGGCCUUAUCUACGCCCUCAUCCCAGGGCUUAAUUUCCUUUCUUCCCUCGCCGUGGCUGCAUGCCUUACCCCGACCGACCCCAUUCUCGCUGCCGCAGUAGUAGGAGGCAAAUGGGCUGACAAGCACGUUCCAGCACACAUCCGGCACCUCCUUGCGGCAGAGAGCGGAUGCAACGACGGCGCAGCCUUCCCGUUCCUCUUCCUCGCGCUGUACUUGAUCAUAGACAGGGAUACGGGAAGUGCGGUUAGGGAUUGGUUCUUAAUCUUAUGGCUUUACCAGGUCGUAUUGGGCGCAGUCAUCGGCUGCCUCCUUGGCUGGGGCUUCCGCCACCUCAUGAAGUUUUGUGAGCGCCAUGACCUCAUCGACCGGCACUCCUACGUCGCCCAAUACGUCUCCCUCGCCAUCCUGACCAUCGGCGUCACCACCCUCCUCGGCUCAGACGACCUCCUCGCAGCCUUCUUCUGCGGCACCGCCUUCGCCUGGGACGGGUUCUUCAACAAGCAGACAGAGGAGUCCGUCUUCUCCAGUGUCAUCGACAUCCUGUUCAACAUCGCCGCCUUCAUCUUCGUCGGAGCCUGGAUGCCAUUUGACAAGUUCGACGACCCGGCGCUGACGCUGUCGGUGUGGCGGCUCAUCGUCAUCGCGAUCCUCAUCCUCCUCCUACGACGCCUGCCCAUCAUGAUCGCGUUGUACAAGUGGAUUCCCGACGUCAAGACUUUCCGCGAGGCGAUCUUCAGUGGGCACUUUGGGCCGAUCGGCAUCGGCGCUGUGUUCAUCUCCACGUUGGCGAUCGAGGUACUGCAUAACGCAGCUGAGGAGGCGAAGGCAUCGGGCGUGGGAGAUGCAGCGCACGAGACCGGUACGUCCGGUGAGCUGACGCAGACGCAGAUCCUGCAGGGUGCCAUGCAGCCCAUCGUGGCGUUCAUGGUCCUCUGCAGCAUCACGAUCCACGGGCUCUCCAUACCCGGGUUCAGCCUCGGAAGGCGAGUGCACAGCGUAUCGCGGACAUGGUCCAGGAGGGACACGUACACCAACGCGAGUGUGCGAGGCCGCAUGCCGGAGUGGGCGGCGCAGACAAGGAUCGUGCAGAGAGGAGGGGCGGACAUCGUUAUCAAUCGCGAUGGAACGGAGGUGGUCCUUGGAGAGAAGGGCAGCGGGACGAAUAGCACGGAUGUGGAUGUGGAGGUUGGGCAGGUGACGACGGUUGGAGGGAGGAGGGGAAGUACGGAGAGCAGCGAGGAGACGAAGUUGCAUCUUUCGGAUACGUUGGUCCCACCGACGCCUGCUGACACGCAGGACGGAGAGGCUGGGCUGCCGAUGCCUGUUACAAGCCCGACGACGAGGUCUGGGAGGGCGAGUCCUGUUCGGAUGGAGGCAGAUGCAGGACAUACUAAUGGUGCUGCGAGUGGUGGUGUUGCGGUGCAGAGGCCGCCUCCUACGACGUUGCCUUUACCACCACUGACCUCGAGAGACUUUGGGGUGAAUGGAGAGAGGGAUUAUAGGGAGGAGUCGCCGCCUGAUGGGUCGGAAACUAUCGCGGAGUGGAUGGAGGGCAGCCAUCGGGUUAUUGAGAGAAAGUCUGGGCCGGGUAGUGAUGUCGAAGUCACUGUCAUCAACGAAGAUCCACACGCUUCGAAUGCUUUCAUACCGGCGAAGUGGACGGGUAAAAUCCAUGAGCUCGAGCAUGGUGCAGAGGAGGCCGCACAUUCGCUCCGGCAUGAGUUAAGUUUACUCGGUAGGAGGGCACUCGAUGCAGUAUCGCCUCAUCAUAGCUCGCCGUCUGCGGAAGGCUCGAGCACAGCUGCUCCAAGACAGGAUCUGGGCAGCGCUGUUGUCGAAGAUGAGGAUGAAAACGAGGAAGGCUGGUCUUCGGAGGGCAGCAACGGCGCUGCUCCCGCUACAUCCGGCUCUGGUUCUCCGCAACGCAAGACCGCGAAGCCACGACCAGUCAAGGGCGGUUAUCCCCACCAACUUGUUGCGCACCCCGUUGGCAAAGGCCGCAGGAAGAUGAGACGUGGCUCGCAAAGCCACGGUGUCGACAUCGUGGAGGAGCCUCGGGGACGGGAAGGACGACCCGGGUCUGGUCCGGCUGCCUCCAUUAGCUUCGCGUUGGACGCUGCACAACGUGCUGGUCCGGUGCCGCCGUCUCGACUCCCAGGGGCUGCUGCUGCAAGGCCGAGCACCGCGGAUUCUGCUGCUCGCAACAACCGACUGGAGAGUAUUCGUGCUCUGCAUAGUCGGCCGCCAACACGCGAAAGCUCGCCGUCUCGGUCUGUGAGGUUCGUUGAUGAGGAGGCCAGGGCAGGUAGUGGAUCUGCACAGGGAUCUGGGGGCGCGGUUAGUGCCGCUGCUGGUGCGGGACCUGCUACGAAUGGGAGGACGUUGAUUGAUAGACCGCUCGUUGAGGAGCCAACACAGGUUGGUGGUGGACGUUGA